AUGGACCGAGUGACCAGAUACCCCAUUCUGGGUGUCCCCCACUCACCCCGUGUCACUGGCCUGGUGCUUGAUGGAGACACCAGCUACACGUUCCAGCUGGUGAGUGUGGGUCCUGAGGCAAGCAGCUGGGGUCAGGAUAAGCAGCAGGCAUGGUCCACUGCCCCUGAGGCCUGGCUGAGUGCAUCAAGGACAGAGGCAUCCUACAGUGUGCGUGGCUACCCCGUUAAGCGCUCCCCAGGGGAACUCUACCCAGAGGAUGAGGAGGAUGAGGAGAUCAAAGCUUACCACCUGGAUGCCAAGGACACCCUCUCCAAGAGGCCACAGGACCUAGAGCGGGAACGCUGGGCUGUCAUCCAGGGCCAGGCUGUCAGGAAGAGCGGCACAGUAGCCACACUCCAGGGCAGCCCUGACCAUGGAGACCUCAAGGCCCCCAGCCCACACCUGGAGGAAGAUGUGGUUGACAGGGGCCAGAUCGACUUCCUGGCAGUGCGGCAGCAGUUCCUGAACCUGGAGCAGGCAAGCAAAGAGAGCCCCCAGCAACCCCUGGCCAGGGCACCCCCGACACGUGUCCCACUGGGAUCCUUGAACAGAUCACCCCUGGCCAAUGGAUAUGUUAUCCCCAGUGAGCCACAGAUGAAGGAGGUGGUCAGGGAAGAGAAGAAGUUCCAAGGUUUCCUCACACGGUCCAGCACCCCAGCUGGGGAUGACCCUGGCUCCUGGUCCCAAGUGGACUCCCCAGAGCCUCCCAAGGAGACACCCAUUGAGCGAGAGAUCCGAUUGGCCCAGGAGCGCGAGGCAGACCUACGUGAGCAGAGGGGGCUUCGACGGGCAGCUGACCAUGAAGAGCUGGUGGAGAUUCCUGCCAGACCACUGCUGACCACAGCAAACCUGACUGCAGCUCCACGGCGCAACAGGGGGCGCCCAUCUCUCUACGUGCAACGGGAUAUGGUGCAAGGGACACAGCGAGAGGAAGACCACCGGCGGGAGGGCCUGCAGGUGAGCCUGAGGGUGAGCCAGGCUUCCACACCUUACUGGGUCCCUGAGGAACCCCAGCCUGGAUGCCAGAGAGCCUACAGCUCAGAUGCCACCCUGAGCCCAGUCCCAGAUGCCCGAGCAGCUGACCCAGCUCCAGAGGUGAGGAAGGUGAACCGCAUCCCCCCUGAAGCCUACCAGCCAUACCUGAACCCUGGGAACCCCCCACUAGAGCUCUCAGUCCUUGGAAGAGCCUACAGCAAGCCUGGCAAUGUCUCCAAAGAGGAGGUCAAGGCUCCAGCCUCUCCAAAGGCCAAAGGGUCUUGGAGGCAUCUCUCAGAAUCUACUGGAAAACCCUUGAACACAAAGCAGGAGUGCCCAAAGCCCCCCCAGGAACCCCUGCAAGCCAACAGGGGUGUGGUGCGAUGGGAGUACUUCCGCCUGCGCCCCCUGAGGUUCAGGGUUCCAGAUAUGUCCCAGCAGGCCGAGGCCCUCCAUUUCUGGGGCUGGGAUGUUCCUGGGGGCCCGGCACUGAGGCUGCAGAGGUCCCAGUCAUCUGAUCUGCUGGAGAGGGAGGUGGAGAGUGUCCUGCGCCGGGAGCGGGAAGUGGCAGAGGAGAGGAGGAAUGCACUCUUCCCUGAGGUAUUUUCUCCAACACCUGAUGAGAGCUGUGGCCAAGACUCCAGGAGCUCCUCCCAGGCAUCCGGCAUCAUGGGCAGCUACUCAGUGUCUGAGUCACCCUUAUUCACCCCCAUCCAACUGCACUCUGGCCUGGUGUGGAUGGCAGGAGAUCCAGUGGACAGGGCUCCUGUGCAGAGAAUUAAGAAGGAGCAAUGGUAUGCUGGGAUCAACCCCUCGGACGGCAUCAACUCAGAGAUCUUGGAAGCCACACGGGUGACACGCCACAAGAACGCCAUGGCAGAACGCUGGGAAUCCCGCAUCUAUGCCAGUGAGGAUGAGGACUGA